AUGAGCGCCACCCUCGACCCCACGCCCCUCAGGGCCUUUCUGCGCGAUCCCGGGAUCGGGAUCGGGAUCGGGAUCGUCUCGAUCCCCCACGUCGCCUUCCCGCUCAAGGCCUUCUUCGCCCAGACGCCCCAGGAGGACUACCUCCAGGCUGCACUGCUGACAGUGCUGCAAAUCCAUUUGGGAAAUGAAGAUUCAAAAGGAGACAUUUUAGUCUUUUUGCCUGGCCAGGAAGAAAUCGAAGCUCUUGGGGCUUUGCUGCAUGCAAAGCUGCAGCAGCUCAACAAGUGUGGGGCCCCACACCCCCUUGGGGCCCCCCAGGGGGCCCCAGAGGGGGCCCCCAAGGGGUGCGGGGCCCCACAGGUGCAUGUGCGUUUGGGGUCUGAGGUGUACGUACACCGGAGGAGCAGCAAGCUGCUUGUGUGCUGUCUGUACGCUGCACUUCCUUUUGAGCAGCAGCAGGAAGUUUUGAAGCCUGUGUCUCCGCCGUUUACAAGAAAAGUUAUUUUGGCGACAAACAUUGCGGAGACUUCUUUGACAAUUCCUGGAGUUCGAUUUGUUGUGGAUUCGGGAUUAAAGAAGUCAAAAGUGAUGAAUUAUAAAACUCAUGUCGAGGCCCUCCAGCUGCAGGAAAUAUCGAAAGACUCGGCAGACCAAAGAGCCGGCAGAGCAGCCAGAGAAGGCCCAGACAGGAAAAAUCUUGUACGCCUCCACCAGGGUCUUUCAUAG